GCAGAGGAGCGACACACCUGUAUAAAAGCAGACUCCAGCUCACUGGAUGUGGAUGAAGAGCAGCUGAGCCACUUUGCGCAUGGAGCUUCUAGGUGUUGUCUCCUGCAGUGCGCGCAGCAGAACGCAGCAGGUGUGAGUCCAGGUACUCAACUUUAAAACAUGGAUGACGUCAUAUUCAACCACAGCACUUUAGCUGUGAACAACCGGAGCUCACCUGGACAUGAUGACAAGUUCAGUUUCGAGGACAUCGACGUGAGCGCGGACGGCACCCCCAUCCUGCGGAUCCUCAUCUCCGUGGUGUACUCCGUGGUGUGCGCGGUGGGUCUGGUGGGCAACCUGCUCGUGUUCUUCCUCAUGAGGUUGCGACAGGUUCGUAAGAAGUCCACCAUCAACGUCUUCAUCAUCAACCUGGCCGUGACGGACUUCCAGUUCGUGCUCACGCUGCCCUUCUGGGCCGUGGACACCGCGCUGGACUUCAGCUGGCCGUUUGGAGACGCCAUGUGUAAGAUCAUCCUGUCGGUCACCGUGAUGAACAUGUACGCCAGCGUGUUCUUCCUCACCGCCAUGAGCGUCACCCGCUACUGGUCCGUCGCCUCGGCUCUCAAGAAGAAGACGCACAGCAGGUCUCGGUGCGUAAAGUGGGUGUGCGCGGUGCUGUGGGUGUUUGCGACUCUGGCCACAGCUCCGACCACUAUCUUCUCCACCGUGACUGAGGUGGCUGGAGAAAAACUCUGCCUCCUCAAGUUCCCAGAGGGACACGACUGGCUGGCGCUCUAUCACAUCCAGAAGAUCCUCAUAGCCUUCAUCAUCCCGUUCCUCAUCGUCUCCGUCCACUACCUGAUGCUGCUGCGCUUCGUGAGACUCAGGAGCAUGGGCAGCAGGAGCAACCCCAAACGGAGGUCUAAAGUCACCAAAUCUGUCGCCAUUGUGGUGUUGAGCUUCUUCUGCUGCUGGAUGCCGAACCACGCCAUCACCUUCUGGGGCGUCUUGGUGAAGUUGAACGCGGUGGACUGGGAUAAGACCUAUUAUUUGGUGCACACGUACGUGUUCCCGGUUACGGUGUGCUUGGCGCAUGCGAACAGCUGCUUGAACCCGGUGCUGUACUGUCUGACGAGGCCGGAGAUCAGGAAGAUGCUCGGAGGCUUGUUCUGGAGAGUCUCCUCAGCUCCGACAUCCAACAACAACAAGAGCUGCGCAGCGAGGUACCUUACGCACGGAGAGACCCAGCAGGGAGUGGUUCCUCUCCAGAGUCUGGACAACGGAGACUACACGCUGUCCAUCAUAGACCGGAAAGGUUUACCGAGCAACAACAUGAUCCCAUACGCCCAGUAACUUCAGCCUGGUGAAACACAGACCUCCACAGCUGCUGCUUUGUAUUGCUCUGGUUGUCCACCUGUAACUGUCAUGACUCGUGCGUAAUGCUCCAGUGGCGGCUGGUGGACAUUUUUCUAGGUAUAGGGCUGUUCCACAUCCAAUCAAUUUCAGCAAACAUCCUGGUAUGAUUUAAUGCAAAAAAAAA